UCUUUCUUUCUCUAAAAAUUGCCUUUUGUUGCCUUUGGGUGAAAGCUGAGAAAGCCGGGUGCCGAAAGCCGAGUGCCGGAAGCUUUAAUCUCAGCACUGCCAGACAAAUUUUUUUUUGAGAAUUAUUAAAAGGGGGUCGAGGUUAGGCUUUGAGAGAGAGAGAGAAAGAGAGAGAGAGAGAGGGGAUAAGAGUUCAGUGAUUCCAGAUGCUUUGUGGGUGCGCUCUCUUUCAGGAGUGGAGCUUCAGGAGGUCAGGGGCUUGGUCUUUCUGAGAUAUUCUUUAGAGAGAUAGAGAGAAAGGGUUUGGCUUUUUCUAUUUUUGCAGAGAAAAAGGUCCUUGGUGUUGGAUUUUGUAGUGAUAAUUUGGAAAGAGAGGGGCUUUGUCUUUGCCCUUUUGUUGCAGGUGAGAAGGUACAUGAAUAUGGUUUUGCUGUCAAGAAUUUGAGAUUGAAAGAAAAAGAAUUAGACAGAGGGAGAGAGAGAGAUAGAAAGAUAGAGAGAGAAAGGGAGGAUCUCAACACUUUCUCAUCCAUGUUUGGCCCUCCAUCUCCUGGUUCGACGCCAUCGUUGGGCAACUGUUCGACGAGCAUAGAGCAUGGAAUUAUUGCCUCUCCCUUUCCUCCCAUUUCUUCAUCCUUCCCAUCAUGCUUAGACAAUGGGGGUAGCAAGAGAAAGAGAAGGCCAGCUGGAACCCCAGAUCCGGAUGCGGAAGUGGUGUCUCUCUCUCCAAGAACCCUCUUGGAAUCCGACCGCUACGUGUGCGAGAUUUGCAACCAAGGAUUCCAGCGCGACCAAAACCUGCAAAUGCACCGCCGCCGCCACAAAGUCCCAUGGAAACUCUUGAAGAGAGACAAUUCCGAGGUAAAAAAGCGGGUCUUUGUUUGCCCCGAGCCAAGCUGCUUGCACCACGACCCGUGCCACGCCCUUGGCGAUUUAGUGGGGAUAAAGAAGCAUUUCAGGAGGAAGCACAGUAACCAUAAGCAAUGGACCUGUGAUAAGUGCUCCAAGGGCUAUGCGGUUCAGUCUGAUUACAAGGCCCAUCUCAAGACCUGUGGGACUAGGGGCCACUCAUGUGAUUGUGGGCGCGUCUUCUCCAGGGUGGAGAGUUUCAUCGAACACCAAGACACUUGUAACGCGGGAAGAGAGAGACAAGACUUUCAAACGACCCAACAAGUUUCUCUCUCUAGGACAGUUUCAAGUCCGUGCAAUUCUAGUGAGAGAAACAUGGGCUCUUGGGCAACCCUAAAGAUGUUAGGGCUCAGCCCUAGUUUCCAGCUUCCAAAUGAUUAUCACCAUAACCUAGAGCUUCAACUUCUUCCCUCACCCAACAACCAAAUUCAGAGAACCCCACAAAGAAACCAGGAUCAAAAGGCUGCUUCAGCUCCAACAACCAAUUCAAACCCUAAUUUCAUUGAAUCAGAGGCCACGAGAUUGCAGUUAUCAAUCGGAAACACAGGGAAUUUCACCAGCAUUCGAAAUUCCAGUGAUUGUGAGAGCACCCAAUUCGCUGGAAAUACAAUCAGUGAUCGAAAUUCCAGUGAUUUUCUGAGGCUGGCUAUGGAAGAGCGAAGGCAAGCUGAACAAGCGAGACAAGAAGCGAAGAGAGAGAUGGAAUUAGCAGAGAGAGAAUUUGCUAAUGCAAAGAGGAUUAGGCAGCAAGCACAAGCUGAGCUUGAUAAAGCUCAAAUACUGAAAGAUCAGGCCACAAAACACAUAAACUCCACAAUUCUUCAGAUCACAUGCCAAGCCUGUAAAAACCAUUUUCAAAUAAGUGAUGAGAACUCUCUAGCCAUGAGUUACAUGUCUUCUGUUGUGACAGAAGGAGAAGGUGAAAAUGAUAACAGGCAGCAAGGGAAGAUCCCCUCAAUCUAGAGUUCAGUGUUAUUAUAAUAAUUAACACUUGUAUUGACUUUCUCUCUCUAGUCCUUCGUCAGGUUCAUUGAAUUAAUUUGAUUUCUUUUUUGGUUUGUUGGGGUUGCUUCAUCUUUGUAAUUCUCUUUGGUUUUUCUGUCAAGUCAUGAUGAAAUUAAUUUAAUUAAGAUUUUUUUUCCUGAUACA